UAUUUAGCCUUCUAAGGCUUCACACAAAGUACAUAUUCAUGAGCUUUGAUUCAACUUUGCAAUAAGUCACCUCCCUUUUUGCACCCCUCUUCUUUUUUUUUUUUUAAUUACAUUUUUUGCUUAAAGGGUUUCAAUAAAUAUGAGAAAAAUAUUUUCAUAAUGACACAACAAAAACACAAUAGAUAUUCUUCUUCUUCUUCUUCUUCUUCUUUCUUCAUAUAUUCACCCUUUAUACUCUUCUUACCAUGGAUAUCAACCACAUUAAUAAACUCACUACCUCCACUUGGGAUCCAACCAUGUCCAAUAUGGACAACCAACAAGUCUUUCGCGAUCAACAGCAGCAACAACAACAACAACCAUGCUUGUCCAGUAUACCAAACGACCAUAUCUACCACGAACAUCAUCAUCAACAACAACAAUUUCAUUUCGAACCUAACCCUAUUUGGCCUAGUUUUCCUCUUCAAAACCCUCAACACCAUCACCUUCCCUCUUCCUCAAUCCAACAACAACAACAACAACAACAACAACAAGAACAAGUUGUCCCUUUUGAUCAUGUGUUAAACAACCAUGUUCAAACCCUAAUAGAGGAUCAAGAACACGAUGAUCAAGACGAAGAUGAAGAAGAAGAAGAAGAGCUAGGAGCCAUGAAAGAAAUGAUGUUCAAAAUUGCAUCUAUGCAACCAGUAGACAUUGAUCCAUCCACUAUACGAAAACCUAAAAGGCGUAACGUACGUAUAAGCAACGAUCCACAAAGCGUAGCAGCCAGGCUACGCCGCGAAAGGAUAAGUGAAAAAAUCAGAAUCUUGCAAAGAUUAGUCCCUGGUGGAACAAAAAUGGACACUGCAUCCAUGUUAGACGAAGCAAUUCGCUAUGUUAAGUUCUUAAAAAGACAAAUCCGUCACUUACAAUCAUCAAAUCAUAACCUCCCACCAGCACAGAUACCAGUAUCGUCAUGCCCUAAUAAUGAAAAUUGGGCAAAUAAUAUUGUCACACCAAGUACAAAAGGUCUAAUUCUUGGCUCCUCUAGUAGUACUACAACCAAUAAUGUUACAACUUUUGUUGGUAACACUACAUUGGAUCCACCUUAUGCGGUAAUUGGUAAUUAGUUAGGUAAUUGAAGUGUGAUUAUUAUUAUUAUUAUUAUUGUGUAGUAAUUGGAAUUUUUAAGAAUAAAAAUAUUAUAUAUAGAGGAAUAAUUAAUUAUUUGUGUAUAGUGGAUCAUGUGAAUUGUGAACUAAAAAAAAUAGGUUUGUUAGGAUUGUGUUGACUUAAAGGGCAUGAUAAUCAUCACAACUGUUAGAGUUGAGUUACGUAUGUUGUAUAUAGUAGUAUAUUAAUAAUUAUAGAAUAUGGUUUUUAUCUAUU